CCGCAACAUAGAAUUUCAGGAAUUCAUUACCGACCUCCGGAAACCUUUUCUCAGAGCCUUUCUCUACUCUCAUUGUCUUCUCAGUGCCUUUGAUAGCUACAAAAUUGAAAAUAAAUAGUGAUGAGUACGUCUCUGUGCAAAAGAAAUUAACAAAAAUGCCAAAGGCACACUUCUAGACUUCACAGGAUGAAAUGGAGGCUAGGGUGGCUGCUGCUAUAAGCUCAUCAGAUGAUUCACAAGAAGUUCAAGAACUCGAUGUAAAUAGCAUAUACUUGGAUGUUGUGGGUGGAGAGAAAAAACGACGUGUGUAUGGAUUGGGCUCUCAAGCUUUGACUAUGUAUAAAGAUUAUAAUUCUGCCACUUCAUGCAAUAUAGUGACUGAUCGUGCUGCUGAUCAAGAGCGCAUCAAAUUACUUGAGGAAGAGAUGUUGCGAAUGAAAGAAAAUCAAGAGAGGAUUCUUCAAGAGCGUGUAGAGGCGGAAGUGCAGCAACGCGUAGAGAAGGAGGUCUCGGAUCGGUUUAAGUCUAUGGAGGAUCGAUGGUCUCACAUGAUGAGCGUGAUGGGUUUAUCUUCUCGCUCAUCUGGUAGUCCUACUCUCCCUAACAGGGACUCACCAAAUGGUUAAGUGUUUAACAUUUUAGACUUUGGUUAGUUGGAUAUUCUAAGUGUUGUUUCCAACGUUGUCAGACUUUUGUUAGUUGGAUGCUUUGUAAGUUUAAAAAUUUUGUAGACUUUUGCUUAUUGAAGUGGUGUAUUUGCGUGUUUUAACUGUAAGUUUUUGUAUUAUAAAUUUAAUAUUAUGUUUGUCA